CUUGCACCGCGCCGUAUCCCGAGAUCGGGAAGAACCGUACCCGUGGCUGUGCCCGUGCUGUGCGUCGGACAAUCGCCCCCGAGCGUGUGCUUGCUCUCCGGUGUGAAGUGUGUCAGUGAAGGGACAAAGGGUGUCACGACGUCCAGCAGUCGACCGACGGCGACGACGGUGACGGGGGACAGCGGUCGUGGUCCCGGGUGACCCGGUGGUGGUGGUGGUCGUCAUCGUUAUCAUCAUCAUCGUCAUCAUCAUGGGCAGCAACACGACAACAACGACGGACGGUGACAACCUGAAUCUCAGCUGCGACGGCGAGAACGACAACGGCGACGAGCUGAGGAUCGCUGCGGACGAGACGUACGAUACGCGCAGCGAGGUCUCCUCCAGCAGUUCCAAUGACUCCGACGACGAUGAGGACGACGACUCGAGCCACCCGACCAUCAGCUCGGUCUCCAGCAAGUCGUCCUCGCGAGGUGACAACAAGCGCGGCGGCGGCGGCAGCAGGCGGAACAAGGCCGAAAAGCGCGGUCGGUCCAGAGACGACUCCAAGUCGUCCAGUCCUGAGCCGAAGCGGGCCAGGUCGAAGGAGAACAAGGCUGUCACCAAAACCUAUGACUAUGCCACCAAGUUGAAUUACCUGUUUAGAGAUGCAAGAUUUUUCAUCAUCAAGUCCAAUAAUGCGGAGAACGUGACACUGUCCAAGGCCAAGGGAGUAUGGAGCACGCUGCCACAGAACGAGGCGAAUCUGAAUCAGGCCUAUAGAGAAUCACGAAACGUCCUGUUAGUAUUUUCCGUGAAGGAAUCGGGAAAGUUCGCCGGCUUCGCGAGACUUAGCACAGAAUCGAGAAGAGAUGCUGGUCCAGUCUCUUGGGUUUUACCACCUGGAUUGUCAGCGAAGGCUUUAGGUGGUGUAUUUAAAGUCGACUGGAUCUGCAGAAAGGAAUUGCCGUUCACGGCGACAUUACACUUGUACAAUCCUUGGAAUGAUGGUAAGCAAGUCAAGAUUGGUCGAGAUGGACAGGAAAUCGAGCCCAGAGUCGCAGAAGAAUUGUGCAGAUUAUUUCCAGAAGAUGAAGGAAUCGAAAUGACGCCUAUUUUGCGAAAGUCCAAGGAGGCAGGGAAACAUGUUGUAAAAUCGUCGCGUUAUCGCGACAAGAGGCCCAUAGGCGGUUCUAGAUUUCUACGAAGAGGCGGACGCGGACGCAAACUGUUCUUGACUUCGAGAUCGCGUUUAGCAUCAUUGGCCAGAGGUUCUCAGGAUGGAAAUCACAGAAGUUCUAGGGAUCAUUCUUACCGGUACACACCGUGGUUUAGUCGAGGCGAUUCACCUUACACAAAGGGCUAUGGAAGUGGAUUGGGUGUCGCUGCGGUUGCGGAAGCUUAUGUGGCGGAUUAUAUGCGCACUAUGCAACAUCAGUUGCCUCCAUUACCGCCUUAUGGUCCGCACCCGUAUGAUACUCUGCCACCACCUCCUCCACCUCCAAGAUAUUACGAUGGUCUACCACUGCCUCCGGAUUACAAUGCAACAGCAUCGGCACUAGAUAAGCGUAGCUAUGAGAGGAGCGUCGACGAAUUUCUAUGGAGGACGGCUAGUCGUCAUAGUCGGCACAGUGAUCACCGUUCUUCGCGCGAUCAUCACAGAUACAGAGAUCGCAGAUAAGGAUCUCGACUUUAGUGUUCCCCUUGAAAAUCCGUCGAUUCUCAAAUCCUUCACUGAUAAUAAUAGAAUUAGAAAUUGAAUACACAUUCUCAAUGAGAAAUUAAAUUGACAUAUCAUUUAUAUUUAUUUGAAUUUGUAGAAUUCUUGGAAAAGAUGUGAAACAAAAGCAUAUUUAUAAUUUAUAUAAAGGUUGUUCUGACAAAAAUGUGCGACUCAAAAUAUGAUAAAAAAGUUCUUAAAAUAAAAAAUUAGAAAUAACGCAAGAUUCAUGAUGUGAAAACGAUUAAUUUGUAGUUGAUAGAAUCUGAAUUCAAUCUCAAUCUUUUUUCGUAUAUGCCUCAAGCGUUAUAUAAGAAGUAGAUUGGAGAAUUGAAAGAUAAUAAUGUGUAAAAAAGUUUAAGAUCAAUGAUAACUCAUAUUUCAGAAAUCUAUAUUUCAUUUACAAGCAAAAA